UGAUUGCUUAUGUCUGUUAUGUAGUGAAUGUUAUUUGUUUAACUACAAAUGUGUCCUUGUAAUGUUUUGCCAUGAUUUCUUGUCAUCUCUUCAUUGUGCACCACUUUCUCUGUUUGACUUGGACUUGGCUUAUAUUUUCAGGCCUUCUAUAACGACAAAUGAAAUUGAUAAAGCAGUGCAACAGAUGAUAAUUGAUGCUGGUGCUUAUCCCUCACCCCUUGGAUAUGGUGGAUUUCCAAAAAGUGUGUGCACAUCUGUUAAUGAGUGCAUGUGCCAUGGAAUACCUGAUUCCCGGCAGUUACAGAACGGUGACAUUAUUAACAUUGAUGUGACGGUCUAUCUGAAUGGAUAUCAUGGAGACACAUCAAAGACAUUUUUCUGCGGGGAUGUAAGUGAUGCUAUGAGAAAGCUUGUUAAGGUAACUGAAGAGUGCAUGGAAAGGGGAAUAGCUGUUUGCAAGGAUGGUGCUCCUUUUAGAAAAAUUGGGAAGAGAAUCAGUGAGCAUGCUGAAAAGUAUGGCUAUGGUGUAGUGGAGCGUUUUGUUGGUCACGGUGUGGGAACGGUUUUUCAUUCUGAGCCAAUAAUUUUUCAUCAUCGUAAUGACAAGCCUGGGUGUAUGGUUGAAGGUCAAACAUUUACCAUAGAACCUAUCCUUACGAUGGGAAGCAUCGAGUGCAUUACAUGGCCAGACAAUUGGACAACAGUGACUGCUGAUGGGAGUCCAGCGGCUCAGUUUGAGCACACAAUUUUGAUCACUAGGACUGGAGCAGAAAUUUUGACUACCUGUUAAAUUCUGACAAGAUCAUGUGAUUUUGAAUGCUACGUGGGUCAUUAAUUAAUUGUAAAUAACUUGCCUCCUUUCUUCCGGUUCUGGUGAGAGCUAUAUAGGAAGGCUAGGCCAGACCCAUGGAGAUAGAGACACCACAGAGUAGUGAGUACCAUCUUCUCUUGUGCAUAUGUAUACGUAUAGAUUCAUUCAAUGUAUGAAUAUUAUUGUCUCUGUCAAAAACACAGAGAUAUCUGAGAUGUGAUUUUUUAGUUUUACAUUUAUUGUGUCAGCAAAUGCAUGAGUUUGCUGCUGCUAAACAGUGGAAACUUGCAAUAAUGCAUUUUGGAGGGUUGCUGAUCCUAUUUGAGUAGC